AAUUUCAUAUCCUAUUAGAGUUUUGUUCUCGAAUAAAGAUUAUCUAUGUCGGUUAAGUCACUUUUGUGAGAACGUCACAUUCAUUUACUAGUUUGUGAAGAAACAUCUAUAUAACAAGAGUUAUCUCCUGUGAUCUUCCGUCAUUGAAAUGGCAACGAAUUUUUACGAUUAUCAUUUUCCAAAGGAACAUCCAAGGAACUUGAUACCUGAGCUAUGUAGGCAAUUCUAUCAUCUUGGUUGGGUCACUGGUACAGGAGGAGGAAUUUCUAUUAAACAUGAAGAGAAAAUUUACAUCGCUCCAUCUGGUGUACAAAAAGAACGCAUCAGUCCAGAUGAAAUGUUUGUUCAAGAUAUCAAUGGCAAGGACUUAGAACUGCCUCCAUCUGACAAAAAGUUAAAGAAAUCACAAUGCACACCUUUGUUUAUGUGUGCAUAUAGAACAAGAAAUGCAGGUGCUGUGAUUCAUACACAUUCCAAAUUUGCUGUCAUGGCUACAUUACUGUGGCCAGGAAAGGAAUUUCGAGUUACACAUCAGGAAAUGAUAAAAGGAAUAAGAAAUCAAAAACUGGGACGCGCAUACAGAUAUGAUGAACAACUGGUUGUGCCAAUCAUUGAAAAUACACCUUUCGAAGAAGAUUUGAAGGAUAGGAUGGCUGAAGUCAUAGCUCAAUAUCCUGAAACUUGUGCAAUAUUGGUUCGCAGACAUGGUGUGUAUGUUUGGGGUGACACAUGGCAGCAAGCAAAAACUAUGACGGAGUGUUAUGAUUACCUUUUCGACAUUGCUGUACAAAUGAAACGGUGCGGCUUGGACCCACUAGCAACACCAAGUGAAUAUGAAUUACAAUAUCAUAAUAAUCAAGAAAAGUCAUCUUAAAUCGUAAUCAUACUAAGCGUCAGUAUAAGAUUGGAAUAUAUUUGAUAUUACAUAUUAAUGAAUCUUAAUGAUAAAAAAAAUAUAAAUAUGCACAAAUCAAA